UGUCUAUCAAUCUAAAGAAGUGACAAAACUCAAAACUUCUUGACCUUCGUAUCGUAUUCAAUAAUAUUUGGAAAUGAUUAGGAAGUGUUGAUUUUCUCUUUUAUUGUCAGUUAUAAUUUUCAUUUCUAAUAUGGCGCAAACGAAUCAAAUUAAUCUGGACAUAGAAGAUGAUCCGCCUAAUGAAAGCCCCAACCGUAACAUUCCCAUACAGAGAAUGGAUUCUACAUCUAGACAGCCAGCUCCGAGAAGUAAUAUUGGCCUAGGGGAUCGAUUAAAUAGCGUGUUUCGUGAAAUAAGGCCGUUAGUGGAACAUGCUCGAAUGGGAAACAAUGCCAGACUAUCUUUACCCACAUGGCUACCAAGAAACACACCAGGAACUCAUCAGAUUGGGGAUGGUGUACAACGGCCACAGAGUUCCAUAGCUCACAUAAACCUAGGACCUGCCUCACAGACUUAUGUAGUAACAGAAAGGGGCACACCAUUAGCACAAAGGACACAGUCUAGUACUCAUGGAGUUAGUGCUAGCCCUUCAAACAACUCAAACAUUUCGGAACAGGGUCAUGAAAACCAAGAAGUCAAUGUGCCUGUGAAUCCGUCUAAUAACAACAAUGUGCAUGAUAAUGCUGACAAUGACAGUCAAAGUGAUGACUUAAAUCAGCAGGUAACUCCUUUAGUGGUACUAGAUGUGAGGUCGGCAUUAAACUUUAUGAUUCGCUAUGCGCCUUUCUACCUCAUCUUGUUUAUUAAGUUGAUAUAUGAUAGCAGAGAGGGUAUUUUCACAUUUUGUGUUCUAUUCUGCACAUUUACUCAUUGCAACAGCCUAGUAAGAAGGGAGCAUGGAAAGCAAGCCAACCGCAGUAUACUAGCAUUGUUCUGUGAGCUAGUAUUCACAGUAUGCUGUAUAGGUGUUGUCCACUUCUUGUUUGGUCAUGGCAAGUUGUUGCCCAAUGUGAUCAUGUUCCCGGGCUACACGGAGCCCAUUGACGUGUGGGAGCUGCUGUGGCUUGUGGUACUUACUGAUCUUAUAGUGAAGAUUGUGACUGUUGAUGUUAAAAUACUGGUCACUAUGAUGCCAGCAUUUCUAUUGCCGUUCCAGAAAAGGGGUAAGGUAUAUUUAUUUACGGAAGCAGUGUCUCAGCUGUACCGCGCGUUGUUGACGAUUCAGCCUUGGGUGUUCUUCCUGAUGCAGUCGUAUGAGGGCUCGGAGAAGAUGGUAGGCAUGUUCCUCACCUCCAUCUACGUCAUCGCCAAGGCCGUGGAGGUGCUGGUCAGGCUUCGGCUCUUCAAGAAUGCCACUUGGACCUUGCUGCAGAGUGUGAACUUGGGCACCAAACCGACCGGGGAGCAACUAGUGUCUGCGGGGGAUUCCUGUCCUAUUUGUCACGACGACUACACAACUCCAGUCCGGCUAGGCUGCAGUCACAUCUUCUGUGAGCUUUGCAUCUCCGCGUGGCUGGACCGCGAGCACACCUGCCCGCUGUGCCGCGCCAAGGUCGCUGACGAGCCCACCUGGAGGGACGGCUCCACUACCCACGACUUCCAGUUGUAUUAAUGCUACGAUUUAUAAAGUGAACUUGUGAGUGUGUGUGUUAGUGAAUGUGUUGAUACCAUUAAUGUCACCCUAGUUUGUUGCCCAAAGGUAAGUUGAAAAAAUUCUGAAAUUCUGAAUGCAGAUAAGCGAUAGUUAUUGUCCUGUCUAUCAAGAUAGAGCAUCGGCUCUAUCUCCAUAAGCGAUAAACUUGGGUACGCUAUUAUCUAUAUAAUUCCUUAAGCAAGAAAAAUAUCACGCUCCCUUGGACUAUCACCUAUCCAGGUUCGACUGUAUUUUUAGAUUUUGAGAAAGAUGUAGCUUAACAUUACUUAUUGGAUCACAAGAUAGCCACUGUUGAGCUUAGGUCUCAAAAAAUUGGACCUAAGUAUUAUAUUAUCAUUGAAUCAUUUCAUUUCAUCAACCCUCAUUUAGUGGUUAGAAUAACCUAGACCAGAUUGCAAAAGCCAUUCUGUUUUUUUUUCUUUUUUCUAAUCCUACUGUUCUCAUCUGGUAGACUACAAUGACAC